AUGCGGCUUAUGACAUUUUUUGGCCGUGAACCUCAUAGAGGUGUGAAUCCUGAUGAAGUGGUAGCUUUAGGAGCGGCUAUUCAAGGUGGAGUAUUAAACAAAGAAGUUACCGAUAUAUUAUUACUUGAUGUUACCCCUCUCUCUUUAGGUAUAGAAACCUUAGGAGGCGUCUUUACUAGGUUAAUUGAUCGUAAUACUACUAUCCCUACUAAGAAAAGUCAGAUUUUUUCUACUGCUGAAGAUAAUCAGCAGGCGGUAACUAUUCGUGUAUUCCAAGGGGAAAGAGAAAUGGCAAGUGAUAAUAAAUUACUUGGCCAAUUCAACCUCGAAGGUAUUCCACCAUCUGCUAGAGGGUUACCUCAAAUUGAAGUCACUUUUGAUAUAGAUGUAAACGGUAUAGUUCACGUAUCCGCUAAAGAUAAGGCUAGUGGUAAAGAACAAAAGGUUACUAUUCAAGCUUCUGGAGGACUUAGUGAAACUGAAAUUGAACAAAUGGUAAAAGAAGCAGAACAAAAUGCUGCAGGCGACAAAAAGCGACGAGAAUUAAUUGACGCUAGAAAUAGCGCAGAUAG